UGCAGACCUUCCCUCUGUCAGCCAUGUGAACAGAAGUGAUGAGAGAGCUCUCAGCUGGCUCUUCAUUCUGAGUCACAAUGAACCAGGAAGUGUAGUCAUUAGGUUUUCACAGGCAACAAUUCCGAGGAAAAAAAAACUCGUCUUCCACAGCCGUAAAUUGUUAGAGUAUCCAGCGACAAUAUAAAUCACAACUACUUCGACUGCUGUAACUUUUAGGAAUGGCGCGUCCGGUAGUAUCGCGAGUUUAGUUAAUUGGCGAGAAUCAGGUUGCUAACGUUACUUCCCGGGAACAGAAACGUUUCAAUUUAGCUAACUGUCGAGCCUGCACAAACAGUAAAGUUAAGUAUGUACUUGGUGUCAUGUUAACUUUACUUCAGCUCUUGACUAACAUCAGUUUAGAGAUAACUGUCCUCAGUUAUCUCUAAACUGAUGUUAGUCACUUAUGGUUCUAUCUACAGCGCCCGAAAUGUAUGGACGCUAACGUUAGCUACCUCGCUAGUUAGUCGACAUUAGCAGUUAUUAAUUAUCAGUAUUUAUCCAGAAAGAAAAAUGUCUGCGGAGGAGAGGACAAGCUGGAUACUGACGGGCGCUACGGUCGCUUGUGUCACCGCUCUGUAUGUGCCCUGUGUGCAGAGGACUGUUCCCGGUGGAGACUCAGGAGAGCUGAUCACCACUGCUUGUGAGCUGGGGGUGGCCCAUCCUCCAGGAUACCCUCUCUUCACCUUACUAGCUCGCCUGGCUAUGUGUCUUCUGCCCUCACUGUCUCCAGCCCACAGCGUCAACCUGAUGAGUAGUGUACUGGGGGCUGCAGCUUGUGGUGCCCUCUGCAUUUCUGUUUGCAGGCUGGCAGGUCCUGGUCCUGGAGCAAUACUGGCUGGAGGGCUGUUUGCUGUGUCCAGGCUGAGCUGGCAGUGGUCCAUGGUGGCAGAGGUCUUCACUCUCAACAACCUUUUUGUUGGUCUGCUCUUCUUCUUGACUGUCAGCUUCCACUGUGCUGAAAACACCACCCAGAGGAGGAAGGAGCUGUCUUUGUGUGGCCUUGUGUCUCUGGGAGCAUGUUUCCUCGCUGGCUUUCUGCCGUACAUCUACCUGCCCAUCUCCUCCUACCUCAACACAGCCCGCUGGAGCUGGGGGGAUCAGACCACCCUGUCAGGCCUGCUGACCCACCUGCUGAGGGCUGAAUAUGGCACCUUCAGUCUGGCAAAGACCGAGAGCUCUGUAAACUUGACCACAAUACUAAAGGCCCAGUUGGACCACUGCCUUGCAGACCUUUCGCUUCCUGUUCUGGUGCUGGCAGGAAUAGGCCUUCUCCUCUCCUCAUUGGACAGAACGUGUCGCUCAGUGCCCUGGGUGUUGACUGCCAUGCUGGUGGUCUACUCACUGUUUUUUGCUUGGAGAGCCAACCUGGACAUCAGCAGACCCCUACUGCUUGGAGUGGUUGAGCGUUUCUGGCUCCAGAGUGAUGCUGCAGUGUGUGUGCUGGCAGGCCUCGGCUUGAGCCGGACACACACUGAGCUAGAGAGGAGGCUGGGCCGUGGGGGGGUGUGGAAGACCACAGGCUGGGUCCUCACCAUGGCUCUGCUGGCACAUUUGGUGCACACCAAUCACAGGGAGUGUGAUCAGAGCAGAAACAGUGUGGUCGAGAGGUUCGGCAGGGAGCUUCUGGCCUCCGUCCCAACAGACUCAAUCAUCCUGACUAGAGGAGAUCUGCCUGGAAACUCCCUGCGAUACAUGUACUACUGCCAGGGUGUACGGCCUGAUGUACGUCUGGUCGACCAGGAGAUGAUGACAUACACUUGGUAUGUAGCCAAGUUGGCACAGCACCACCCUGGGGUCCACUUUCCUGGCCGCUGGUGGGAUCCGGUCCACCCUGAGGGGAAAGACACCUUCAGUCUAGAGCAGUUUCUGUCCCACAACACACAGAGAGAUGUUUUUGCCUGCAUUGGACUGCCAGAAGGAGACCCAAGCUGGAAGCGUAGUUUCUCCCGUUGGCCCCUGGGUGUGUGUGACUACUUGGUGCCAGUUCAGAGGCAGUUUCACCCUCAAGAAUGGGCCCUUCGAACUCGCAACAUCUACAACUGGAGUGAGCCACACAACAGUUUCCAUCCUGUGUCCUGGGAGCAUGUCGCUAAUGAGGAGAUGUGGCAAGCCAGGAUGAAGACGGCUUUCUUUCUGUUUGACCUGGCAGAAAGGAUGCAGGGAGAGGGGAAAGCUCGCCUCUUUGAGCUGUCUUACACUCUGUAUAAGGAGAUUGUGGAGGCCCACUCAGACUACCCUCCAAACUGGGACAAGAACUUGGCACUGGUCUGCGAGAGGCUGCUCCGCUCAGGUCACCGGGGCUACAGUCCAGACAGCCUGUUGACCUGCAGUACCCAGCACUUUAGUCUCUACUUAGAGAAGGAACCCAUGGAUCCCCAGGAGCCCGCCAUACGUUCGGCCAUUACUCACCUGCUCAAAGAGAGAGACGGGCUCCACCAGAGCCAGAGGCAAACCCCAUAACAAGAUCGAGAGAGGCCUGCAUGGAGCGUGUGCUGCAAGCCCAGCCGAAGUGCGAGGCACUGGGGACAAAGUCUGAAUGUGCCUCUUCUCAUGGUUUAAUGGUGGUGCUCCAGCAGAAUAGAAUGAUGUAGUGGUGUUUAGUUAAGAUUUUGGAUACAUGGACUUGGUCAAAUUGGACUUAUGAGUUGGGAGAGGAAUGCUGAUGCAGAAGUACUGGUCUCUAGUUAUCAAACAGAACUGCACAAAGGAAAGAGACCUACCACUCAGCCAUGCUUCAUUUGAUGAAUGUUUACAGUUGACCAGGGACAGAGCUUGACUUCAGGAAGCCUUGACUGACCCCAAUCAAGCUGUGCGUGCUCCCCUUAAACUCACCCAUUCGAUUGCUUUAUUGUUACAUCUCGUUCUUUUUUUCUCUCCUCUUCUGCUCUCACAGUUUUUAACAUGCUGAUUAUUUUGCCUCAGCCACUGCUCUACUUCUCUUUUUCUCACAUUAGGACGGCAAGGCCGAGAUUGAGGGAAAACCAAUUUGGGGGCAGAGAUGGGGGAUUAGACCGGCUGUUUAAUCUAGGACAGACUUGUGCUGUGCCACACAGUCCUCAGUCCGCAUAACCGGCACUACCCACCCACCCACCCCUCUAUCCUUCCAUCAGUCUGUCUUAGAUGGUCCUUUAAAUGUUUAAAACUAAUGGAUUCGAUGAGUGUUUUUUUUUUUUUCUCUCUCUUCCUUCCUAACGGGAAGGCUGUAAUCCCUCAUGGAUUUAAAUAAAAUGUGAAAUGUCACAAUGCCAGGGACCCUUUUUAGAGGUGCAUUUCUGUGUGCAUAUGUGUUGAUUUGUGUUUGCAUGUUGACAUGCGAGUAUGUGAACAUGCUUAAAUCUCCACCCGAGCCUUUUCCCUACUGGAACCGCAUAUAAACGUAGUCAAUAAACAGAUCGGCACACUGGAAAGAGAGAAGCACAAAGUCAUGGAAACUCCCGGGACACACAUAGACACCAGCUUCCCAGCUCCCAGGAAAAUUGACUUUUAGCUCUGUGAGGGUUGCUGGAGAGACAAAGUAGCAUGCAAACACUUGCACAUAGACCAGAGUCACUUGUCUUUGACGUGUUCUUAGGGUCCAACACCUCAGUUACACACUGUUUUUGUAAACGCUGGUGCUGGUGAUGUUAAUGAACCUUGUGCCAUGAAAUUUGUCAUGCAGAGGUCAAACCAGUGUAUUGCCACAAGCUUCAUAAAACACUGCUAAAGGAGCCUGCUGUUUGAGAUACCACUACAAAGCGAAGGACAGUGAGUGCAUGUGUAGUUUUCUCAGAAUGUAAUCUGCCCUCUCUGUUCGCAGGCCUGGUUAGCGGCUGUCAGCUGGCUGGAUGAUGAGAUUCGACCUGCUGUAGCACAGAUGGUUUGGUUUCUCAUAAAAAAGGGAAAACUGUCAUUCUGCUUUCUACAGAUUAAAAUAUUUCAAUAAAGAUUUUGUUUAAUA